AAAUACUCUCAUGUUUAAAUUUGAGACUGGCAAAGAAAUGGAGAAGAUCACUGUCUUCAAAAGUGGGACUAAUUAUGGCAUCUUCAGCUUCCUGUGGCACUACCAGCCUUUUGAAAAGAAACGACUGGAGUUCACCAUCCCUGAAACAGUAACUUUCCUGCACAACAGACCGAAGACUUGGGUCUUUCACUCGAUUUAUUCAAAUAAAAUUCUUAGGAAAUAAAGACCAGAAAAUGACAAAUGAAGAUAUUGAAGAAAGAUUCAUGAAAAUCAACAAUAAAUCAGGAAUAGUAGCCGUAUAUUUCUACGACGAGAGAAGCAACACCCAUCUUGACUGGGUCGGUAUCGGUGAUGAUUACCUCAGGGAAGACUCAGAUGAGUCCAGUCUUGAAGAUGAGGAUGGGAAUAAGGUCACUGAUGAAUAUAAAACUAUCAGAUUUGAAUACCUUGAUAAAGAAGGUGUUAAAGACCUUCUUCACAAUAGAGUGAAAGUUAACCAUGCCAUUCUACAAGCCUUUGUUGAACCUGAUAGUGAAUACAAUAACUGCAUCUACGUUGAUUGGAGUCGAACUCAUUGAACAAUCGAACGAAGAUUCAACAAAGUAAAGCUUAAUGAUGAGAGAUAUUCAAUCCAGCAGAGAGGAGCAACUUUUGAAAAACUUGAAGGAGUCACUGACAAAGUUGACAUCACUUCAAAAUCUAUUCUCCAAUCUAUCAAUGAAGAGAUAUUUCAGAUGUGUGAUUAUAUUAAAGAAAAUUCUCCAAAGCAUUAUGAAAUUUCUAAUUUAAAAUGAAUGAUGAAAAUAGACAAGAAAGGAAGACUUAAUCUCCUAUGGACACCUUAUGUUCAAGCUACCAAAAUGGAUUACCGCAGAAGUGGAAAGAAAAGUAAAAGAAGCAAGUUGAAAGGCUUAGUCUCAAAGAACCAAAGUAAGGAUAAGUUUUCUCAAAUGAGUUCCAAAACAUUAAAACGACACUCUUCAAUGACUUCGUACAAGAGCAGUAAGAUGUGCUUUCUUGCCUUGCCAGACAAUGUGGAUGAUUUCGUCCCAAUCAGCAAGGUAAAACCAAUUCCUGUCUUUAAGAACACGAAGUGUCCUCUAUGUGAAAAACUGGAUGUGAAGGAGAAAAUGAUUACCAUUAGGUUUUCUUCAGUGAUCAAAGAUAGCUUAAAUAAGAUAAAAUAAGUUACUUAAAAUCCCUGCACCAAGAAAAAGCAAUAAAUAUGAUAACUCCUUUGAUAGGAUGAUAGCCCCAACACUCGACAAAAGAUACAGGUUCACCUCCACUCCAAAUGAAAGUGCUAUACUUCAAGGCGUAGAGCCAAUCCCUGAUGAUAUUCAUAAAUACGACGAUAUAAAGAAUGACAGUAAAACUAUUGACCUGUCUAAAAUCGAGAUCCCAGAGCUCAUCAUAAAAGUUUACCCAAAGAUGUCCAAGCAAUAUUACCUUGCUAAGCUAGAAGAUCCAGCAUUCUUCAGUGAAAAAGCAUUUAUCUGUGUGAACUGAUACCUUGAUUUCACUUCUAAUGUUGGACCAAAAUAAUUUCAUUCAAGAUUUCCAGAAGGAAAAAGGAAAAGAUGGAUUUCAAUUUGGACACAAAACUAAGCCUGUUUCUCCAAAAUUUAGCGUUCGCGAUCCUUACCAAGAGGAAAAGGCAAGCAUCGCACAGACAAGUGGAAGGAACUUCUUCUCAAAACGAGAAAACUUUUCAUCAAUAGGCUUAAGCGACACAUCAACUCUAAAGCCCCUAUUCAACACCAAAUACUCCUCAAAAAUGCUAUCCCAGUUCAUCUCAAAGCCUAAACCCCCAAAACCAAACACAGCUCGCCUCAUCGAACUCAGCAAAGAAACCCGUGCUCACAAAUUACCCCCCAAAACCUUCCCAAAACCUUCCCGCCCAAACAUCCCACUUUCCCGAACAAAAAAAAAGUACCAAAAAUGGCUGUCAAAACAGUACUCGAAUAAGAAGAAGAGGCCUGCGAAGGAGAACAAGUACUUUUGUCAGUCAGAAACUUGUGAGCAGUUGUAGUGAUAAGGAAUUUGUAAUUUCAA